AUGGCUUCCCAACUUUACGGAGGCGUUGACUUGAAUGCCCACCUGCUCGAACCGGAUCCGGAUUACUACGAGUACUCGCCCAGGAUUAGACUACUCGACUUGAAAGCGCGUCUUGCCCGCACGCGAGAUGAGGACACAGGUCGAUCCAUAGAAGGGACGCUUCGUGUUGUUCCCCUUCACUUUUGCCCCCCAUACGCUGCGCUUUCGUACGUAUGGGGACAAAACCCACAAAAUGGCAAGACCUACACCAUUCGCUGGGGAGAUGUCGAGAUUCCAGUCUCAAAGAAUUGCAUAGACGCGUUAACCUGCAUUUGCAAACGAUUUGGAGAGCUCAGCAUUUGGGUAGACAGCAUCUGCGUCAAUCAAAGUGAUCCGGUGGAAGCCGAUGACCAAAUGCGACUCAUGGGCACAAUAUACAGUCGAGCCCAUACCGUACUUGUAUGGUUGGGGCCGGAAAAUACAAGUGCCGAUUCUGGCCUUGACUGUUCACAAAGACUAGCUCUUGGCAAGACAUUGCACCCAGGUUGGGAAUGUUCUGAGGCUCGGACAAUUCAAGAGAUCUUAAGACAUAAGUGGUUCCAACGAGGGUGGACUUUCCAAGAGCUUAUCAUGGCCAAUAAUCCAGUC